AUGUGUUCACAGCAAUAUCACGAAAAUCAGCCGCUGGAAUUUUAUUGCGAAGAAUGCAAAGUUCUUAUUUGCCAGAAAUGCUGUAUAGUAAGCCAUAAUCGACACACCAUAACAGACACUCAGAAAGCCGCACAAGUACAGAAGAUGCAAAUGAAGGACGCUUUGGAGAAAGUGAAAGCGGAAACUGUAAUUUACGAGAACAAAAGAAGGAAACAAACCGAACUAAUGGACAAAACCAAAAAUGAGAUUUUGUCAGCGGAAAAGAAGAUGACAGAUGCCGUGGAGGAACGUAUCCGUGAAUUACGGAAACAUGAAAGGGACAUGAAAGCCAAAUUUGCUGAAAUUUAUGAAGCGCAACAAAAACAUCAUGCGACACAACUAGAAAACUUUGAGUUGGUUCUGACUCAGCUGCAAAGCUGCAUUGAGCGAGGUGAAAGCGCACUAGAAAGAAACGUCAGCGCCGAGAUUCUUCAAACAAAUCAGAUCAUUGUUGGACGCUGUGAAGAACUUUUGAAUGUAACAAAGCCUGACAUUUAUAAACCACCACACGUGCAUUACAUGGUAGAAAAUCAUCUGAAUCCGGGUUUUGAUCGAAUCGUGGUUAGUAAUACAGAUCCUGUACUUUCGUUAGCGGAAGUGGACAAUCAAGAACUUGUCAAAGAAAAAACGGUGUCAAAUUUCAUCAUUGUAACCAGAGAUUCAGAUGGAAAGCAGUGUUAUCAUGAAGCUGAUGAAAUAAAAGUCAACAUUAUAACCCCAGCAGAUGAUCAACUGGAAACAGAGAUAAAAGACACAAAAGACGGCGAGUACACAGUAACAUACACACCACAGUGUGUUGGACAACAUAGAGUAGAGAUCCAAGUUAAUGGACAGCCGCUGACUGGUAGUCCCUGGGUUGUUCAGGUGAUUCCGCAUCAGUAUCAAUUUGCGUUUCAAUUUGGAUCAAAGGGAAAAGAGCAAGGACAGUUUCACACGCCUUGGGAUAUUGCUGUGCAUGAUAAGAGAAGGACACUUGCUGUUGCUGAUUUCAACAAUGAGAGAGUUCAGAUGUUUGAUUUUGACGGGAAUUUCCUCAGAGAGAUAGCACUGGAAGCUCAAACGUCUUCGGUGGCUCUUACCGAGUCUGGUGACCUCCUUAGCUUUGUCCUUCGUGCCUACAAUAAACUUCCCCUGUACACUGACGGUGGUCAGUUCAUUCGAUCAGCGACGAACAUGUGAAGUUACCAUUGUACAUAUCUGUUGGGAGUGAUGGUCGCAUAAUCACAUGUGACAUCAAUGACAAAACAAUCAAAGUUCUCAGCCCUGAUGGGAAAAACCUUCUUCAUUCGUUCAGUGCUCCUGGUUGUGAUGCUGAUCCAUGGUGUGCUGUUUAUAAGCAGGACAAAUUUUUUGUCUCUUAUCCAAAAGCUAACCGUGUCAUGGUAUUUAACAGCGCAGGGGAGUAUCUAUAUGACAUUGGCAAUGAGGGAUCUUUUGACGGGCAGUUAAGGUUUCCCAUUGAUCUCGCUAUCGACAAGUUUAACCGUCUGAUCGUUUGUGAUAGGAAUAACGAUAGACUGCAACUGUUUACACUUGACGGAAAAUAUGUCGCUAAGGUA